UGAUGGGGAGAUAUCGAGAGAGGAAGCUGGCUAAAAAUAGGAAAUGCAACAACAAAGAGGAACCUAAGAUAAGUGUAGAGUUGUCUUCAACCGAAGAAAAUUACAAAGACAUGAAAUUAUGGUGAGAAAAGAACGGGCAAAAGAAAGUGACAGACGUACGAAUCAUACAAGCAACAUGACAAUGAUUUUCCUCAUUUCGGCCUUUCUUCUGGGAGGAUUAUGGAAAACUGAGGCUGUGACAGUAACAGGCAUGUUGGGAGGAGAGGUCACAAUACAUUGCUCCCACACAUUCGCAUUUUCCAACAUCAAAUAUUUCUGCAAGGCAGCAUGUGGAAAUGAAGACGUCCUAAUAAGGAGCAGCAAUAAUAAGAAGGAUUCAAAUGGGAAAUACAGUAUCAAAGAUACAGGAAACACAUUUCACGUGACCAUCUCUCGUCUGACGGAAAAUGACUCAGGAACUUACUGGUGUGGAAUAGACAGAGUUGGUGUUGACACAUACAUUGAAGUGAGGCUCUCAGUCAUACCGGGGAACAGGGACCCUCAGGAUGAUGCGCCAAAGUCAAAUUUUAAAGCUUUAUCCUCUAAGAAGCUGGUGUACAUUGGAGCAGGUCUCGGGGUGACAGUGCUGGCUCUGGCGAUUAUCCUUCUAAUAUUCUUCAGGCAUCGAAAGGCUGCAUCUUCUGGAAAAGACCAUGACACAGCCUAUGCAACAGUAUCCAGUCAGAAACAAGAUGAACACCAUGUUACUACUUCUUCAACAGCCAAUGAGGAUCAAGACACAGACAGCAGGAUUAACAGCUCACCGCCCGUUCAGCACCAAGAUACCAGCAGAGACCACUCAGACGAUGUUUACUCCAACGUGGCCGUUUCAUCAGAGGCUCACAUCCAACCUGACGGCCUCUUCUACUCCACUGUUAGCUUCAACAAACACACAGACUGCAGCACUGUCACACCUCGCACUGCAGCGUCUACAUACUCCACUAUCAAACACACAGCAACAGAUGAAUCAAAAAUCUACCAUAAUGUCUGACCUGGGUGCUAUUAAUCUUCAGAGCCGUACCUUCCUCUGCUGUAGGAGUCUGUGUAAUGCUAAACAGCAAAUCCAAUAGAUAUUUUAAAAAUUUGGAAUUUAUUUAUUCAUUUUUUAACAUUCAUGCAGGACAGAUAUUCUUGGAAAUAUGUAGAUAA